UUGGAAACAACACAAGCCAAGCAAAUACUUCAUGGCUUAUGGCCAACCCGAAACUUUUUGAGUCAGGAACCUCUCUCUACCGUAUAUUGUCCUAUUGACUGAUCGAGUCGCGAAAUCUUCGAAUAUUACUGUAGAUAUUUUAUGCGUUUCUUAAUAUAGUUCUAGCUGGUUUGACUAAGAAAGAAAAUGGAAAAUUCUGAGUCCUCGGAUAAAGCGACGAUCUCGCUGGUCAUUAAAACGCCUAAUCAGUUUCACGGCGAUCAGCUGAUCGAUGGAGUGCGCGUGGACUGGACCGUGAAAGACCUCAAAUGUCAUCUUUCCAAGGUUUAUCCCACCAACCCGGCUGAGAAAGACCAAAGACUCAUUUACUCGGGCAAGCUGCUUCAGGACAACCUGUUUCUGAGAGAUGUUUUCUCAAAGGUUCCUUCAGAGACAAAGCCCACUCUUCACCUGGUGUGUGCUGUGAAACCCCAGCCUGCUGCCCAACUUGGAGCGAGACCCAAGGUGACAUCAACACAGCAGCAGAGUUCCCAGCCCUCCCCACUAACUGCUAGCCAAAGCUCAGAGUCUUCAGGACCAUCCAUGACCUCUGUACCCUCCACGGACGGCCUUAGACAGCGAGGUCAUGCCGCCUGGCCUGGCACGUCUAUGCCUGUAACAGCAGCGAUGGCCCACCCAGCCUUUCCCACGUACUCCCUUUACAGGCCACAACAGCUCCUGUGGUUGCAGCAGAUGUAUGCCCGCCAGUACACCUCUGUACCCUCCACGGACGGCCUUAGACAGCGAGGUCAUGCCGCCUGGCCUGGCACGUCUAUGCCUGUAACAGCAGCGAUGGCCCACCCAGCCUUUCCCACGUACUCCCUUUACAGUCCACAACAGCUCCUGUGGUUGCAGCAGAUGUAUGCACAUGCAUACAUGCAAUAUCACGCGGCCAUGGAAGCCGCCGCCUCCACUCCAAUGGCCGCCCCUGCUUCCUCACUCCCUGUUGGCCCACAUCAAGCUGCUGUACCUGCAGCUUUACCAAAUCAAGGCCCCAUCAACGACCUGCCAGCCAAUCAGAAUGCCCCAGCUCCUGCAUUCAUCAACCCAGAGGGAGCCAAUCAGAAUCUGCGAAUGAAUGCACAGGGUGGUCCUGUGAUGGAAGACGAGGAGGACAUGAACCGCGAUUGGCUAGAUUGGGUGUACACCGCAUCCCGAUUGGGUGUCUUCCUGAGCAUUGUGUACUUCUAUUCCAGCCUGAGCCGCUUCAUCCUGGUCAUGAGCAGCCUGGUUAUUAUGUAUCUACACACAGCAGGCUGGUUUCCUUUUAGACGGAGACCCCAAGCCAGGCCCCACAAUCAGCCAGCACCAGAGGUCAUUCAGAACCAACAAAACCAAAAUGAGGAUAGACAUCCAGGACCUGUGCCGCCCCCUGCUGAAGUGGAGGGUGCCGGUGUUGUUGAACUGGCCAUGACGGCAGUGCCUGUUCCCCCAGUUAGACCACCCAUCCUAUGGACAGCCUGGGUGUUUUUCAAAGCCUUUUUUGCUUCUCUGAUACCUGAGGCUCCACAGGGUGUUGCAAACUGAUGCAGAAAAAGUCGGACAAAAUUGGACCUUGACUGUUUAGACUGGACAUUAUAAACGAAGGCUACAAGUCCUGGAAAUGGUAGCACUUUCCAGUCCUUUGACUAUGUGACCAAUGGUUGCACAUUCUGUAUAGACAAGCUCUUGGACAUGGAGUUGUAAAUUUUGCUGGACAUUUUUUUUACACAGCACUUUAGAUAACCGCAACGGCUGAAAUCAAUGAUAUCGGUCUCCUGGCCUGAUCCUCUUAUAUAGGCUCCAUAGUCAACAGGGCUUCAUUUUCUUGAAGUGCUCUACUAUGAGUGAUCCAAGGAUUAAACUCAUGGGAUUAUUUUAUUAAGGUUCUAGAAUGAUGGACAACAAAGGCCAUAUAUUGAUUUUGUUCUAAGUGCAUGAAUAGAUGGAGGGUGCUUGGGAGAAUGCAUUUGUGGCACUUUGAAGUUAAUGGUGUUUAUGCAAGUAAAAUAUGCUUAUAUGUUAUUUUCUAAUUGUGUUCCACCUGUGAAUUGAGAAAUGUUAAUAUUUAUGAAGGAGGUUUGGUAUGAGUUCAAGUAUUUGUGAGCAGAAUUUGCAAUUCAAUGAGCAUCGAAGAGUUUGUUGUUGACCUCUGAAUGAAAAGAAGGCGAGUGAACCUCACUUUGAAUUUUGCAUCUUCUUUACAUGAAGGAACUGCACUUUGGUACUUGCAAUUGACAUGAACAGAAAUUAAUAGAGUAAUAGUUCUGAGAGACUUAAAAAUAUGCUUUUAAUCAGAUAUUUAUCAACACUGUAGCAUUGCCGUCAUUUCAUUUUAUGGAUUAAAUAGCUUUGUUAUUAACAUUAUUAAGAUAAGCCUUUUUGUACCUGGAAAUGAAAGGCAAAAUAAAUAAACAUUUUCUUUG